UUCAUUGAGACGAGUAGCGAGCACGGGGAUGAGCCGAUGAUUGCCAGGCUUCCCAAUCCCAGAGAUGAAAUCGGCAUUGUACGAGCCCUCCCCUUUCAACCCUCGCCAUCUCUUGAGGGAGUUUACCGUCCGAUACUCUUAUUUCUCCAAUCAUGUCCCGGAGAUCUCUAUCCAGAAUUCUUGACAUUCGCCGGCACUGGCCGGGCCGAAAGGAGAAUCCAUAGGCGGAGGACGACAGUGUGGCGUGUGCUGCAUAUUAGCGGCUAUAGGAACGCCGCGAAGGACGGCGAUAAUGUUAUCUGGCAUCUUAUCGACCGCAGCGCCGGCAAUUUCGUGACCUAAGGAGGUUCAGGCUGCCGGAAUACUUCAAUGAACCAAACUUUGUGAGCGAUGGCUAUCCAGAGUUCUCCCGGGUUCUUAUGUACCAUAUGGCGUAUCUGACGACCUCAUUUCUUCUGGGAACAUACGAGCUAUCUUGGAAGCUGGCAACACCAACUGCCAUAAGCCAUUGAGGGGUUGCAUAAAGAUGCCAUUUGAGAAAUCACAUUGCAAGCAAGGGUGAAGCACUUACGAUGAAUUUGUGCCUAAUUUUGGAGACUAAAACGGGACUGUAGAUAUGUGACUCUUGUAUGGAAGCUGGGUUUCCAGCUGGAGGACAAGUUGGGAAAGAUGGGUUUUUUUUGGAAUGGUGAGAAAAUUGAUGAUCUAUCAAGAAGGGAAAGAGAUGAGGAAAAGAGGAUUAGGACUCUCAAGGAAACCGUGGAAAUUGGCACCAGAUUAGGUGGUUCUUCAUUCUACUACUGGGAAAAAACUUAAAACUUGGGGGCAUCAGGUAAGUUCUAGGAAUUGUCCUGUACCUUGCAUCUCUUGGCCACAGUGAAUAGUUCAGUUACUGGUCAUUAAUAUCAGCAAAACUGUUACCAGCUGUUACUAAAAUAAACGCACGUGCUUGAAUUAUGUCGAAUUCCAUAUCUGGGGAAACGGGACAUGUGCUUACCGACAAAGACGGUAUGAAGUCAAGCGUUAUAUAUAUGGUUCCCAUACCUUUCUAUGGUAAGCUGCUGCAACUUGGCAUUUUACUUGUUGUUGUUGAACUUCCAGUUACAUGUCAUGUCAUCUGGAUCUCUCUACUGUUUCCUCGUGCCAAUAAGCUGACAUCAAGGUGCACGUCUGCUACCCACGUUCCCCCAUGGCCAAUAUUUAAUAUUCAUAUCCACGUCGUCACCCCCACCAAUCCAAAAGGAGAUCUUUAUGAUUUCCUUUUAAACCACCCAGUACCCACAUCUACUGCUAGUUCAUCAUAUGCUGGUUUGAUUUUCAGUUGUUUACAGACAGUAGUAGCGUGCAAGGUAACAGAGAAAGAUCUAGAUGGGGAGCGAAGGAGGAGAAGUGAUUCGACCACGUCAUCUGGUGUUAGUCCCAUGUCCUUACCAGGGCCACAUCAAUCCGAUGCUUCAGCUUGGCACCAUACUUCAUUCCAGGGGGUUCUCCAUUUCCAUAAUUCACACCCAGUUCAACGCUCCUUGUCCCAAGAACCACCCUGAUUUCAGGUUCAUACCUAUACCAGACGGCUUACCUGAAUGCCUCAUCUCUUCUGGGAACAUACCUGCUAUCUUGUUAGCAGUCAACGCCAACUGCCACACGCCCUUGAAGGACCGUGUGGCUCGAAUGAUGCAAUCUGAGAAGCCAAACGGGAAGGUAAGCUGCAUAAUUUAUGAUGAACUCAUCUACCGUGCUGAAUCUGUGGCCAACUCUCUCGGCAUCCCAAGCAUCAUGCUGCGCACCAAUACUGUCUCCACCUUCCUCGCACGUGAUCUCAUUCUGCGACUAAUUGACCAAGGCCAAACCCCUCUGCAGGAUUCAAUAAUGGAGGAACCAGUGCCGGAGCAUUACCCCCUCAGAUACAAAGAUCUUCCCACAACCAUUUUCAAGCCAGUGAGCAACUUCGUCGAAAUGGUCGAGAAUCUCAGGCUCGUCAGGACGAGUUCAGCUGUCAUAUGGAACACCCUGGAUUGUCUGGAAAACUCGUUACUCGAUCAAGUGAAGCAGCAAUGCCAAGUUCCAAUCUUCACGGUGGGACCGAUGCACAAAUUCGCCCCGCAGCUCUCCACCAGCUUACUAAAGGAGGACUACAGCUGCAUCCCAUGGCUGGACAAGCAGGCAGAGAAGUCGGUGAUCUACGUGAGCUUGGGGAGCCUGGCCUGCAUAAGCCAGCACGAGCUGGCCGAGAUGGCAUGGGGACUAACAAAGUCCAAACUUCCCUUCCUGUGGGUUGUUCGACCCGGCCUGGUACGUGGAACACGUAAUAUUCAAGAGUCGCUGCCUGAUGGGUUCAAAGAAGGCGUCGGGGAAAGAGGGCGGAUCGUGCAGUGGGCGCCACAGAAGGAAAUUUUGGCACACAAGGCCGUAGCAGGGUUUUGGAGCCAUUGCGGAUGGAACUCUACUGUCGAGAGCAUUGCUGAAGGGGUUCCCUUGAUUUGCAGGCCCAACUUCGCCGAUCAGAAGGUGACUGCGAGGUAUGUGACCCAUGUAUGGAAGGUGGGCAUGCAGCUGGAGGAGGAGUUGGAGAGGGAACAGGUGGCGGCGGCCGUGAGAAGGCUGAUGGUGGAGAAAGAAGGGAUGGAGAUGAGGAAAAGAGCGGUGGAGUUGAAGGCAAGAGUGGAGAUUGGGACCAGGAAAGGUGGUUCAUCAUUCAAUGAUCUGGAUAAGCUGAUUAAGACUAUCAGGUCAUUCUAGUCCCCCUCAGACUCAGAGUCCCCACUCUCCCCUGCCUUGUUCGUUUUUGUGUGUGUGUUGGCUUGCUGGGGUGUUAGUUCACGUCUCUUCCAUAUUUCUCAGUUAUCCAACAUUGUUGGUUCUUGUCACUUUUCUUUUUUGUUGCCAAAGCGUUCUCGUCACUUCUAUCCCUUGUGAUCCAUUUUGUGGGCCAAUUAUGUUCUCUUUGUAGUGUGAGCCAAUAUAAUAGGGAGAUAAGAUUGGACUAGCAGUAAUAUUAUUGGUUUUUUGUUCUUUUUGGUGGUCAUUAUGUUUCCUGUCAUAAUCCAUAUGUUUGAAUUUGAUAGUUGAUCUUGAUUCUUGUAUGAUAUUUUGCAUUCGUUGUGGAGUAAUAAUGCUUGACAAGUCACUCAUUUAUGAUCAAACAAAUUAUUACUGGUUUUCAACUUAUACUAGAGUGAUGAUGGCCGCGCGCCGCAGCGGCUUUCAUAUUGAUUUAUGUAUUGUUAC